UCGCUCGCGCCGCUCCCUCAGGCAGCGCGGGCCGCCCGCUCGGGUCCUGCCCGCGCGCUUCCCGGAAGUCAGCCAGGCGCGGGUCUCUUUCGCCGCCAUCUUGGGGCGCCGGGGGCCUGCCGGGACCGGGUCUGCGAGAGGACACCAUGGCCGGGAGGCUGUGGUGCAAGGCCAUUUUUGCUGGCUACAAACGUGGCCUCCGAAACCAGCGGGAGCACACGGCCCUUCUGAAAAUUGAAGGUGUUUAUGCCCGCCAGGAGACAGACUUCUACCUGGGCAAGAGGUGUGCCUAUGUGUACAAAGCUAAAAACAACACAGUGACCCCCGGAGGCAAACCCAACAGGACCCGCGUGAUCUGGGGGAAGGUGACGCGCGCCCAUGGGAACAGUGGCAUGGUUCGGGCCAAGUUCCGCUCCAACCUUCCUGCCAAGGCCAUUGGACACAGAAUCCGGGUGAUGCUGUAUCCAUCUAGGAUCUAAAUUUUUAUUGAAAAUAAAUGGAGAAUGUGUUUAA